AUGGGAGUUGAACUUGAAAACUUCAUCAAGGUAUGGAGCUUGGCUAUAAUAUCAUUUUCCUAUUGCUUCUAUAUAUCAGCAAAACUCCCAAAGGGCCUCUUUAGGCUUAUUUCCUUGCUCCCAAUCUUCUUCCUUCUCAUCAUCCUCCCUUUGAAUCUCUCCUCCUUCCAUCUUUGUGGCCCAACUGCUUUCUUCCUUGCUUGGCUUGCCAAUUUCAAGCUCCUUCUCUUUUGCUUUGACCAAGGCCCCCUCUCACCCCUCCCACCUAAUGUUUUCCAUUUCAUUUCCAUGGCUUCUCUCCCUAUUAAAACCAAACAAAAUCACCAAAACAUAAAGAAAAAUGAAAACCCAUGUCAGAACGAAGCUAUACCAUCCGAAAAAUCACCUGGUUUUGCUAAAACAAGGCAAAGCAUGUCACAUGUGCCCAAGCCAUUUUUGCUAGCUGUGAAAGCUUCACUAUUGGCUAUUUUUUUUCAUUCUUACAACUACAAACAACACUUGAACAAAAAUGUAAUACUAGCCAUGUACUGUCUCCAUACCUACCUUGAGCUAGAAAUUGUCCUAGCCUUAGCUGCACUUCCUACUCGAGCCAUUUUUGGCUUUGAAAUAGAGCCACAGUUCAACGACCCCUACCUUGCCACCUCUUUACAGGACUUUUGGGGUCACAGAUGGAACCUUAUGGUUCCAAGUAUUCUACGCCCUACCGUAUAUCAUCCUAUACGCCGUAUGUCUACUCGUAUAGUUGGAGCAAAUUGGGUCUCGUUGCCAGCUGUCAUUGCUGUAUUUGUUGUCUCGGGUUUGAUGCAUGAGUUGAUUUAUUAUUAUUUGACUCGUGCGUAUCCUACAUGGGAGGUGACAUGGUUUUUCAUCUUACAAGGAGUUGCUUUGGCCGUGGAGGUGGCGGUGAAGAAGGUGGUGCCGGAGAAAUGGAGGUUACAUCGAGCAGUUUCCGGGCCGUUGGCUUUGGGAUUUGUGGCGGUGACCGGUGUUUGGUUGUUUUUCCCACAACUUUUAAGGAGUAGAGCAGAUGAGAAGGUCAUAGGGGAAUACAAUAUGUUGGUGGACUUUGUCAAGGAUGUGCUUUCAUUAUAA